CCAAACUCUUCCUGGUCCAGCCCUCAAUAUAAUAAUUGCCCACAAACUUAGUGGGAGAAACUCAGGUUGCAUAUUUUAUUGUCUCCUCUAUAAUUGAUGCAUAUAACCUAUAAACGUACGUACGUCACCACCAAUGGAGAUGUGAUUUAUCCUCCUUAAAUUCACACCUCCACCAACAGAAAGAAGAAAAAGAGGAUUCCAAUAUAACAUUUUUGCUACUUUAGAGAUUAAUAUGGCCGAAGAAUGCACUGAUGACUCUGUGGCAAUCUCUUCCUCCACUCCACCAAAUUGGUGGGAUCUUCACCAUGCAGCAUCACUCUCUUCAUGGACUAAUACCAGUCCAUGGCAACAGUCAAACCCUAGUUCUAACUCCACUUGCGAAGAGGAUCUUUCCAUGUCUACAUCCUUUACUAAUGCUUCUAAUCACUCUGGACUGACCGUUGAGUCCGCUCGCCGACUCGUUGAGCCUUCUUCAUCAAGCGAAAUGAUGGGAGAACACGCUUCAGAUCACAGCCAACUUUGGAACCAUAUUCUAUUAGGAGUUGGAAGCAAUGAAGAGUUGGAAAACAGUCAAGACGUUGGAGAAAACUUACUUGACGCUUUGUCAUCCAAGACUACUAGUACUAUGUCAUCUGGGAUAUUUGGACCAGCCUGUGACUACUUCAAGAAAAUGGACAACAAUUGGGAAUUAACGAAUCCUACGUCCUUUAACAACUUCGAAAAGCAAUUAAACGGUUUCAGUGAGAGCUUGAUUGGAAGUGGAAGGUUGAACAAGUUGGUCAGCCACUUGUGUAUUGCUCCACCAAACCCAGAAGUAAAACGGCAAUUAUUCGAUCCACUGACAGGCAACACAUCCCUGAACCCUUCUGUAAAUAAUCACUACUCAAGCCAGCAUCAAACUUACAGCAACUCCACACCAUGUUUAGUGGGAGAAAGCAGAAACUCAGGUUUUCAAUCAUGUUAUAGCCGUGAUCCCAAAGUAGAUAACGAACACCGUACAAGACCUACGGCCCCUUUUAGACGGCCAUUUAAUAGCAAUGGUGUUGGAUACCAUAUUGGCCUUAACAACUCAGUACUGGUAGGAGAUAACAGCAAAUACUACUAUGGCAUGCCUGAUGCUACAAGCAGAAGUGCGAGAAACUUUGCAGAUGUUUUAACGUUUACUAAUCGAUUAAGCAAGCCACUGGUUGAUUUUCAAGUGCCUAAACCUUGCUUUAAAUCGAUCAAUUUAUCUGAUAGUAGAAAGCAAGGAAUCCAAACUUCUUCUCCGAUUGGAAAAGGGCAUGGAACAACGAAUGAAGGAAAGAAAAGACGUGAAGAAACUUCAGAGACGGCUGUAAAGAAAGCUAAGCAUGAGAGCUCUACAGUUUCAACCGUAAAGAUGCAAGCAUCAAAAGUCAAGCUUUCGGAAAGAGUCACGGCCCUUCAGCAAAUUGUCUCGCCGUUUGGAAGGACUGAUACAGCCUCGGUGCUAUACGAAGCAAUUCAAUACAUUAAAUUCUUGCAAGGGCAGGUGCAGCUAUUGAGCAAUCCUUACACGAAGACUACGAAUUCACAAAAUGAUCCUUGGGUAGGCUUGGAUAGAAAAGCUGACAAGGGAGAUGCGAAACUUGAUCUCAAAAGCAGAGGUCUUUGUUUAGUUCCUGUUUCUUCCACCCCUCAAAUUUAUCACGACAACGCAGGAUCUGAUUACUGGACACCAACUUAUAGAGGGUGUCUGUAUAGAUGAAGUAUGUUCAUGCGGUGCUGUUUUGUGUCUCUCAUAAAAUAAAUUCUAGUAUAAGAUCAAGAGACCGAAUAUAUAUAUAUAUAUAUAUAUAUAUGCCACUCAUGGGAACACACACACAUAUAUAUAGCUUCAGAUGCCAUAUUGGUAAAUACAUAACUAAUUUGUGUUUAAUUUCAUGUUUCCCUUCAAUUUUA